CCAAUUGUUCAGUAUACAUACCACAUCAAUACUAAUGCUGUUGAAAAAUGAUAGGUACGAAUGGGAAAUGCAAAUAGCAAGGCACCGGAAGAGAAAAAGGUGUCAGAUGUGCCUGUACCCCCUCUUGCUGACCUACAUUCACAAGGGAGCCAAGGCCAUAAUGUUGACGGAAAUGUUGAUGAAUACAACCCAGCAAUCAUUCCCGUAGCUGACAAUGUUGACAAUUAUCAAAUGACUCCAGACUUGGAAGCACACAAGGAAACAGAUGGAACUGGCAUGACACGGUUAGAGCAGGACGAGCUUGCAAACCUAACCAAACACCCUCUUUCUGAGAUAACAAUUGUUGAUCAGCCUGGGCAUGCGAGUUUACACAACCCAUCAAUCUCCUUCUGUAGCCAUGAUGUUGCUUCGUUCCCUGGUCCAAGUACUCUCACAGAUAUCUGUGCCCGCGGCCUUGCAGGAAGUUCAUUUGGUAUGAUCCGACACGUGCAUCAUGGACAGUGA